AUGGAGACCUUCGCCCCCGAGAGUCUGGCGCCUCGCCCUGUGCAUCUGUUCACGUCUGCGCCUUCCCAGAGGGCCUCCCCGCCCUCUGGUCGCAUGCACUCACCUGCUCUGCAGGCUGCGUUUCCCCCGUCUCUGGGCGCUCCUGACAAGCGCUCAAAGUCUCCCUUCAGUCGAGAGUACGUUUCACCCCAAAAGACGUGGAGGAGCCUUGGCACUAUCUCCCCAGACUUCAUCGGUGCGUCUCGCCUGAACUCGGAAGAACUCGGAGUCCAGACGGCCUCCUCCCUCCAUCUGGCGAGAAAAGUCGAUCUCCCAAGUGGCUUCGAGAAUCUGGAAAAAGACGCCGCGCGCCUCACUUUCUUUCUCGCAGCGAACGACCAAGCUGGUCGUCGAAAGGCCUCGCUCGAGGCGGUCUACCUGGCGCAGGAGCAGCACAGCGAACUGCAGAAGAAAGAGGUCCGCAUCCAGCCUCGAAUCGUAAUCCCCAGUUCCGCUCCGAGCAGCGCCUCUCUGGGGUGUACAUACACCCCACGCGUCCCGGGGCUAGGUCGCCAUGGGGAGCCGGCGAUAAACUGCGCCGCAGACGCGCAAUCGCAUGCGCAGGUGUCUCAUCUUCCAGACGAUGUUCCGAGGACAGGUCUGCGCUCUUGUCUUUCGCAAGCGCGUCUGCCGAGACAGGAGGCCGCGCCCAUCAGCCUUCAGGAAGAGCUGUGUCUGGCUUCGCGCGGCCUCCGGAAGCCUUUGCUCGCGGGUGAAUGCAGAGAAGAGUCGAAGGCGUUUGCAGAAGCUCUCGCUGACGCUGAGAAGCCGGAGAAAGCCCUGGUCAGCGUGGGCGAACAUGCGGGAGUCGCCGCCUCUCUCUCUGGAACCGCAUCCGCUGGGGAGACGACUGGGAGGUAUUUUCCGCUUGUCUGCAUGCUUCUCAUGUCGAGCUUGUGCAACUUCGACCACGGAGUGAUUCCAGCCGUUCUGGGGGAACUUCAGGAACACUUCCCGCAGAUGGCGUUCCUCGAACAGAGCCUGCUCGGAUCGCUCGUGUACUUCGGACUCGUCGUCGGAACUAUGUUUGCAGGUGUCUCGUACCAGCAUCUGGGAGCCAAGUGGUUGUUAGUCGCCUCUCUCGGAUGUCUUAGCGCAGGACUUUACGUUUUCUCUUCCUCUUCGAGUCUCGCCGUCAUGUACUUCACGCGCUUCUGCAUUGGCCUUUGUCAGGCCUUGCCUGUGGUCUACAUUCCCGUUUGGGUUGACGCGUUCGCCCCUGAGGGGCAGGUCACUCGGUGGAUGGCGUUUACUCAGCUCGGCGGCAUCGGCGGAACUGUGCUGGGGUACUUCUUGGGAGGAGUGCUGUCGAGGCUUCAGGACGCGAAGGUCUUCGGUCUGGCCGCCACAUCCUGGCGAACGCCGUUCGUCAUUCAGUCCAUCGCCCUCCUGCCGUUGAUUUGCGCCCUCACAUGCGCCUCUCCCAAGAUGGUGAAUCUCCCGGCAGCGAGCUUCGCGAUUCCAGAUCCUGAACGCGACGGGGGAUUGGCGCUGAGGGGCGACGAAACUCAGGGACAGCCGUCGGCGCUCGGAUCUGUGUGGCGAGUCUUGCGGACGUCUCUGAAGGGAGUCAAGAGCUUGCUGAUGAAUCGGCUUUACGUCAUCACUACGCUGGGCAUGAGCACACUGUACUUCGUCGUCACGGGCAUCCAGUUCUGGGUCACCGAGUACAUGGUCGUGGUUCUCAAGUUCGGCAAAAUCAACGUCGUCGUUCUCUCCACCCUCUGCUUCCUCACCGCGCCCACCUCCGGGAUCUGGUGUGGGGGGUACAUCUGCGACCAAUGCGGCGGCUACCGAGGGGGGCAGCAAAGGAUGGCGGUGCGGGUCGCGACGGUCUUUGCUGGUCUGGCCGCCCUGCAAGCUGUAGCUUGCGUGUACGUCUCAGACAUUUACCGGUUCGCUGGUCUCUUGUGGGGAUCUCUCUUCUGCGGUGCCGCCCUCGUCCCGGUAGCCAUUGGCAUGAUUCUCUCCUCUGUUCCAGUGCACCAUCGCAGCCUCUCUUCUGCCGUCUCGCAGUUCGCCUACCAUAUCUUCGGAUGGUUUGCCGCGCCUCUCGCCAGCGGUGCAGUGAUGGAUUUCGUCGACACUUGGCAAGCGCAGCAGACCGCUUUCCCUGUCUCCAAGGAACUUCCUCUGGAAGUCGGCUUUUCGAUGAUUUUGUGCGUGAGCGUUCUCGGAUUCGCGUUCUUCGCCGUCGCAAAUCUCCUCACUCUUCCCUCUGAGGAAAUCGCGAAAGAAGAACUCGAGCUGCAGCUUGCGCGCAGCCGCCUUCCGACCUUCUCUUUCUGAACGCUCAGGCUGCCGAGCCUCAGAAGGAAUCAGGUCCCGCGAGAACAACCGAAGAGCAGGCGCAAGGAGAAAGUUAAACACUGCUGGACUGAAACGGUUCUGCACAGACACGCGCAAAUGAAGCACACUCGUGCAGGUCACAUUCACAUUCACGCAUGCGAUUACGUACAUACAUAAAUACAUACAUAUAUAUAUAUAUAUAUAUAUAUAUAUGUAUAUAUUUAUGUAUCAUAUAUACAUAUAUGGAUAUAUAUAUAUAUAUAUGGAUAUAUAUGUAUAUGUUUGUAUAUAUAUGUAUAUGUGUAAACAUAUAUAUAAGUAUUUAUGUGUGUGAGUUCGACCCGAUAUGUUGAUGUUUGCAUCUGCAUGCGUGUCUGUUAGCACUCCCGGGUGUCGAUGGGGAGAGUGGGAGUGUCGGUGGAACACAGGUGGAAGGCUUUGGUUUUCCCGGGGUCUCAGGGAUCUGGAUUUUUCGCGGAUGUUUCGUCGUUCUGCGGGAGGAGAGCGGCUUUCCAGUUUU